AUGCUGCAGGCAGUCGGCAACGCCCACGACAACCACUUCAUGACUUCUGAAUCAAAUUCCGUCGCCUCACUAGCGCGACUCUUCAUGAUGGGAAGAAGCAUCUGCUUCUUGCAGACUAAUGUGUAUGAUAGAGCGUCGGUCCCCGUCAUCGUCGAAGCCCUCGCGCCAUAUGCAGCUAAGCUUUCGAUCCGUAUCAUCCUGACCAAAUCCGCCAGCGAGUUCCUCAACGGCCAAAGUGAUGAGCAGCCUACCGUCUCGUCCCUGCUUCAUCUGCCCAAUGUCGACGCAGUCUAUCGAGACGAGGAUGAGUGGGGGCCGCAGCCUUGGAAGAGGGGAGCGAGUAUAUUGCAUAUCGAGUUUUUGGAUUGGGACGGGGUGCUGACGGUAGGAAUAGGGGCUGAUAUGCUUGUCAUUGCUCCUCUAAGUGCAAACACCCUCGCCAAGAUCGUCAACGGCAUGUCUGACAACCUUCUCACAUCCGUUAUACGAGCCUGGGAUAUCGACGGUUCGAUUGAUCUCAAAAAGAAAUACAUUGCCGUUGCGCCAGCCAUGAACUCGGCCAUGUGGAGACACCCCAUCACAGCAAAGCAGAUUCGCACCUUACGGGAGGACUGGGGCGUCAGAGAGACACUGCUCGACCCAGACGGAGCUGCGAGACUGAUCGAUGGUUGGUUUCAAGUUAUCCCGGUCAGCAUAUACCCUUGA